CGCUGCGCGUAGCUGCGCGCGGAUUGGCGGCCAUUACUCCCAAACUGCUCACAUGACCCUGUUGUUUGCCCCCGUGAUCACUGCUUGAAGCUACCUGGCAAAUUCAAAAUACAUUCUCCAUCACCCAUGGAUGUGAUCGACCAGGACUUGGACACCAGUGAUGACAGGGAUGUAGAUGAUGCUCUUAUGGACAAAGACGAAAUUCAGGUGUUAGCAUCUCAAAGCUUGACGAUAGUUGAAGAUGACGCCUCACUUGGGUCUUCAGAAGAUCAAGCUGCGGUUGCAGGCCUUGCCGAAAGUAUGUUGGAUGGUGAUGAUGAUGUGCAGUACUUCAGAUCUGGAGAUGGUGGUACUUUGACAACAUACCGAGUUGUGCAGGUAGGUGAUUCAGACCAACUACCUCAACUCGUAUCUUCACCAGCCUAUUCGCCAAAUAGUAGUUCUCAAGGUGUUCUUACUACUGCACCUCUCACAGGCCAGUUUUAUGUUAUUGGAUCACCUCAAGAAGUGUUUGGAACCUCCCAAGUUCAACGCUCUCUUGCACCUAGAAUGGGUUCUGGCUUAGAGGGAGGACCUAGGGCUGUUCGGAGAGAUGACAAAAGAAGAGCAACACAUAAUGAAGUAGAGAGGAGGAGGAGAGAUAAAAUUAAUACUUGGAUUGUUGAACUAAGCAAAAUAGUUCCUGAUUGUGUACCGGAAAGUACGAAGAGCCCUGGACAGAGUAAAGGUGGGAUUUUGUCAAAAGCUUUUAAAUAUAUUAUGGAACUAAGGACCCAAAAUUCAAGGCUAGCUGAUGGUCACAAACAAACAGAAACAUUAGCGCACAAAGUCAAACAACUUCAAAAGGAGGUAGAGGCAUUGCAGGCUAAGAAUGCUUCCCUUGAACAAGAGGUAUCGUUACUUCGAUCACAAAUUGACGAAAAGUAACUGCACCACCAUUUUGUCAUGGUAUGUUUAGCUUUUUUAUUAUCAUUAUUAUUAUUAUUUCAGUUGUUAGGUGUCUGUUUUGUUUCUGUGUGAGGCUUUUACCUCUGGUCAUUAUCUUAAUACCUGGUUUCAUCCUGCCAUUGGCAUUGGAAGUUACAAACUUUGUUAAUGUUUUUUAUAUAGUUACCAAAUGGAAUCUUAGGUAGCCUGGUUGUUAUUUGACAGACCAAUUUGACAGAAUAACGGGAUAUGUAUGUCUUUUUACUAAUAAAUAUUACAGUGUCAGGGGCAGGGCCUGGGUAAAAGUUUCUGAGGAAGAUUGUAAUUUUGUUUUGUUGCAAUUUUAGAAAGUUGUAUGAUCUGUGCCAAUGAACUAGCGCUCGUUGUAAAUUAUUUUCUAACUGGUAUUGUAAAAUAAUAAUAAGGUUAAUUUUGGAAAAUGUCCUGGCACUAGAUCUCCUGGAAUGUGUACAUUUAGUAUUAAGUUCAUCUGUGUGAGAAUUGACUGAUGGUAGUUCAUAAGGAAAGAAAGCUGUGUUUUUGUUCUCUCAAAAUUACUGGCCUUACAUUGUUUCUCCCUGCUUUAGUUUCAUUAACUGAUAGUAUCUACUCAAGCCUUUAAGGUAUUCCUCACCAUAGUUUUCAUCAAGUUUUUCCAAACUUGAAGUUCUACUUUUGUUCUUUCACACAAUACAGUGCUGUGUCUUGUAACAGUGUUCCAACAGGAAUUUGUUAAAAUGUUUUGUUUUCAUAACAUGAAGAAUUUCUUUGAUGAAUUCUGCUCAGUUAUUGUCCAUUUUAAAGCUCUGUGGCAAUGUGAA